AUGGCACCGAGGCUGCUCCUAUUCGCAGGCGCACCGCCAUCUUCAUCCCUAAACUCAGAAUCUUGCACAAUAACUCGAAUCGACGACUCAUUUGCCGAGUUCCUGGGGUUGGCCUCUCAGAAGCCAACUCAGAAGCCAUUAUCGAAUAUCGCACCAUGGCGUUCUCUCCCACUGAAUAGAAAACCUCUUCACACAGGGUUCAGUCAAACUCACGAUGUCAGCGUCAACCUCGUUAACCAAUCCGAGUUUUUUACCACAGCUGAAGUCUCGUUUAAAGAACAAUCGCAGUCUUUUGAGGGUGGUGGUGAUGCCGAGACGACGUUGUCGCAGUUCUAUGAUCAGUCUUUAGCUUUGCAUAAUCCAGUCCCUUCAUCCCAGCUUGACAGUUUCCAAGAAACGACUUUUGAGGAGACUUCUUUUGAGGGAACUUCAUUCAUGACUACUCUUGCUGUAGAACGGGUUGAUGCGACAGAGUCUGUACCGUCAUAUCUUUCCGAUUUGGAGGACAUACCACCUGCACCGAAAAUAUUGGCCCUGCACCCCCAGACUAUCACGCUUAAUAUCAUUGCUGGGAUAAUAUCCAUCGCCCAGCCGCGGACAGUCACCACGCGCUGGGGCCGCACCCUCUCCCUCAUCGAGAUUCUACUCGGAGACGAAACAAAGACAGGUUUCGCUGUCACAUUUUGGCUUGAAGAGUCAAACGCUGCCUGCGCUGAGAUUAGCUCUCUCCGGCGUCAAGAUAUUGUACUCAUGCAGAAUGUGGCUUUGCAUGUGUUCCAAAAUAAAGUAUAUGGCCAGAGUUUGCGCAGGGGCAUGACCAAGGUGAGUUUGUUGUGGAGGCGGGACGGGUCCGGCCUCUACUCUACCAGAGACUUAUCAAAACGCGGUCAGAUGCAUCCGCAGUUACAAAAGGCAAAAAAGGUGAAAGAUUGGGUGCUUAGGUUCGUGGGAGCUGCUGCUGGAGUAAAGACAAGGGCAUCAAGGGCGCGGCUUUCAUGGGACAGACCACCAGAUGAUACACAGUGA